AUGAAGAUUCUCUUCUCUCUUUUGCUUGUCCUUGUACUUGCCUCACUUGUCAGCUGCCAAACUUACCUCCCAUAUAAUAAUGCCACAACAUUCUCCUCCUUCACCAAAUAUUUUGUUAAAGUUAAUGGUGGUUUCAAGGCAGGAAUUACAUACACUCAAAAAUCAAGUAGUAUUUGCUUCAUGUAUGUCUACCACAGUAGUACUUCAUUGAGUACUUCUAAUGAAUGUUAUACAGCAACAAUCAAUUCUAAUACUACAAGAUAUUUUGAAUUGAUACCUUUUACUGAUGUUUCCAGUGAUACUUUUACUAUUUCAUAUAGUGGAUUGGGUAUUUGUGAAGGAACUAUCAAGAUUACUCAAUUAAGUCAAGCAGCAGGUGAUGUUUCAUCAAAGAAAGCUGUCAUUCCAUUCGGUUAUGCUUUUGAACAAAAUUAUGAUAUCAUCUUGUAUCGUUCAAGUGCAUUCGCAAUUCCUGCUGGUUACAAAGCUGUUGGUACAAUUUAUGGAAUGAGUGGAUCAUGUGAUCUCAAAUUCAGUCAUUCUGAUACAAACUUUUUAACUUUGGGAAUGACCAAGGGACAAACUCAAUCAUUUGAACUUAUUCCACCAGAAAAGGCAACUUCAACUUCCACUAUUUCAAUUUCAGCCUCAAGUAUUUCCGUUAUUUGCCAAGUUCAAUAUAGUGUUGAACUGAAAAGUAGAACAGCAACUGAUAAGGCCAAUGUUGGCGAAGAUUCCUCAACAUCAGGUUCAGCAAAUACAGGUGCUAUUGUAGGUGCUGUCUUGGGUACAUUGUUUGGAUUGUGUUGUAUCGUAACCAUUGUUAUUAUUGCCAUAGUUGCAUGUAUAUUUGGUACAGCAUGUUGUGCUGCUGGUGUUGCUGGAGGUGCAGCUGCUGCAGGAGGAGCUGCAGUGGUUGCUACAACAGCCAAUCAAAAUAAUAAGGCUGAAGCUCAAUAUGUUUAG